AUGGUACUUAUUUUUAGUAAUAUACUAGAGGGAUGUGGUGUAAAUCCUAAUUAUAAUUCAAGGAGUGAUGGUGUUAGUAUAAAAAAAAUAUCUACUGAUAAGAGUGAAGAAACAAAAAAAGUUCCUGAUAAUGAUACUGGAGAAGAUUAUAAUACCUCUACAGAAAUUGAUAAAAGUAAUAAAAUUUCUGGUGAAGAAGAAGAAGUAGAAGAUAGUCAAGUUACGAAGGCAAUAGUUACUGAUGAUUGGAAAAAAUCUUCAGAUUAUGAAGAAAAUGAUAUAAUUGUUAGUGAGUCAAAACAAAAUUAUGAAAUACAAAGUGGUAUUGUUACUAAACGGUUAAAUAUUUAUGAUAAGAAUAAAAGUUUAAAAAAUGAAAGAAAUAAUAAAAAUGAGUCAUAUUCAAAUUAUGGAAUACGAGAUAGUUAUACAACGACACAAUCAGGUAUUGAUGAUAAAGGUAAAACUUUAAAGUAUGAAGAAAAUGAUAAAAAUUUAACUGAGACAUAUUCAAAUCAUGAGAUACAAAAAAUUGUACUUGAUACUUUUAAAAAUUACCAAGAAAUGGAUUCAACAAAUGUACAACUUUUAAAUAAUACAAAUACAACAAUAAUAAAUAAAGAAAAUAAAACUUCUUUAUUAUUUUAUGCAAAUGAAACAACAAAUAAUAACGAAAAUAUACCUCAAAGCGAUAGCAUAUUAUCAACUUUACUAAUAGACAAUAAUAAAAAAAUUGAUAUUUCAAGUAAUGAUAGUUUACAUGCUACAAUAUAUGAUAUUAAUUUUGAGUUAAAAAAUAAUACUUUAACUACAAAUACCUCUAAUGCUAAUAGAUAUGACUCAAUUGAAGAAAUAUAUAUUGAUAAUGAAAAUAUUAAAGAUAAUAUAACAUCACGUUAUGAUAAUAGUAGUGAAACAGAUAACAAUCAAGAUUAUGUUAAUUUAUCUACCAGCUAUCCAAAUGAAAAUUAUGACACAAAUUUUGAAGAUAGUACUAAUUUUUAUACAAAUAACACUACUAAUAAUGAUACAAAUUUUGAUUACAAAGAUAUAAAAGAAAAAACAACUGAAUUAAUAGAUGUACCUGAUGAUGAAAUAAGUAAUGAAAUAAAAAGUAUAUUAAGAGUUCCGGAUAAAUUUGAAUUAUUUACAAGGGAUGAUAUUAUAAAAUUAAGUAAAAAAAGAAAAUGUAAAAAGAUUAAAAAUCAACCUUCUGUCUUUUUUUCAUCAUCAAUAACACAACAUGAUAUUAUAAGUUCUGUUGGAUUAAAUAAUGGAACUGUUUGUUCAAGUUGUUCUGAUGGUUAUCUUACAUAUUUUUCUCCCUAUAAAAUAAAUAGAAUAACUAAAGAUUCAGGACCUAUUGUUGAUAUUUCAUGUUUGGCAGGGCAAAAUUUGUGUAUUUGUGAUAAGGAAGAUAUUUGUUAUACUCCUAAUUCAAAAAAUAUUUCAAUAAUGUUAUAUCCAAUAUGUAUUAAAAAACAAUGUAAUGUUUAUGCUAUUUUAGCAGGAUAUAAAAAAGGUGAUGCUCUAAUUUCUCUUGAUAAUACUCAAUUUUUUUACUCAAUUAAUCAAAUUAAUUUUAUGACCAAAGAAUAUUGGCCAUUCAAUACUGAUGGUGUCUAUUUAAAAGUAAAAAGUAUUGGAUGUAAUGGAUGUAAUAUUAAAUAUUGUAAAAAAAGUAGAAAAUAUCGUAGAAAAGCUUAUCAUAAAAAUAAAAAUCAUUAA